GAAUUUGUGUUAUCAUUUCCGAUUCAACCUGAAUUUGUCAAAACUCGAUUCCAAAUCAAAAUCUGAUUCGAAGGCAUGGCGGAACCAGUGACUCGUUCUUCAAUCGAUCCACAGAGCGAGCUGUAUCUACAUCCAACGGAGACGCCUAAUUUCUCUCUUGCUUCUCAGAAGUUGAAUGGCGACAAUUAUGCACAAUGGAAACGAUCGGCUGAGAUUGCUCUGAGUGCGAGAAACAAGCUUGGAUUUGUGGAUGGGAGCUCGAAGGCACCAGAACCGAAUUCUCCUCUGCUCAAUCAGUGGAAGCGAUGCAAUAAUCUGGUAAUUUCUUGGAUUUUGCACUCAGCUGAACCUGGAAUUGCAAGUAGCAUUUUGUAUUAUGAUACUGCACAUGAGAUAUGGGAGGAUCUGGAUGAGCGAUUCAGUCAGACCAAUGCACCAAGACUGUUUCAAUUACAUAAGGAGAUAAUUACACUGGUUCAAGGAUCGGACUCU